AUGGGCCAGAUCACUAAACUCUCGCCAUGGCUAGCCUUGACAUGUGCUGCAUCCAAUGUGUGGGCGAUUAAGAAGCCGUUUAACAUCAACGACGACAUCCUGGCUUAUCCCCAAUAUCAAGUUACUUAUCCAGAGGAAUAUGUUCUGGAAGCCCAGGCCGACGCAUUGCUCCAAUCGCAAGCCAGCCCCGACGCAAGACAAUUUAACAAUGACCAGAACAACCCUCAGCUUUACAUGGGGAAGGAUCGAAGCGAGUCCUCCGAACCCCCUCGAGGAGAUAUUGACCGGCCGUCAUUCACAUAUGAAGAGAUGAUUCUUGAAGACCGACGACUUCUCUGCCAGAUCCCGAUUGUCACAAUCGACGACCACAAUACGACAAGAGAUAAAAGUGAUAACAAAGCGGAAGAACAAAAGGAGCUGGCUCGUGCGACAGAUCGUGGUCUGGAGCUUCUGCGCGAGAUGGAAGGGAAAUGCAUGUACUACUUCUCCGGCUGGUGGUCCUACUCCUUCUGUUACCAAAAGCAGAUCAAGCAAUUUCAUGCUCUUCCUGUUGGUCGGGGAAUCCCCAAUUACCCACCAAUUGAAGAUACAACAACACAUUCUUUCAUACUGGGAAGAUUUAUCGAGGACGAAGGCGAAGGUGAGGAAUAUCAACAACCUGCCAAAACAGAUGUGGCAGAGCUGCAUGCCAAGGGUGGCUCACGUUACUUGGUUCAGCACCUCCAGGGUGGGACAAAAUGUGAUCUUACGGGACGUGAUCGCAAGGUAGAGGUGCAAUUUCAUUGCCAUCCACAAUCGACAGAUCACAUCGGGUGGAUCAAGGAGCUCGCAACGUGCUCCUAUCUGAUGGUUAUCUACACCCCACGUCUGUGUGACGAUGUUGCUUUUUUGCCACCGCAGCAAGACGAGGUACAUAACAUCGAAUGUCGCGAGAUCUUGAUGCCUGACGAAGUCUCUGAAUGGGAAGCUAUUAAGGAGUGGUACACAAUCAACCAACUGACCGACGCAACCGCCGAUGCUCAUGCCACCCAGCCUGAGCUUCAAAUUGUCGGGGGCAUCGAAGUUGGAGGCCGAAAGCUUGUCGGUAUGGAGGGCAAGCAAAUUGAGAAGGGAAGAGUAGCUUCCGCGGGUGAAGAACGCGUGGAGGUCGUUGCGAAACGCGAGAAUGGUGAAAUUCGCAAAGUCUCCAAGCAGAUUCUGAAGAAGUAUGAUCUUGACCCGGAGAAGGUGGAAGACAUCAAGAAGUUACUGGACGAACAAGCAGACGGUAAAGAUUGGACGCUUGAGAUCGUGGAAACCAAUGGUGUGAUCAUGUUCCAAGGCAAACUCGCCGAUGAUGAGGACUGGGAUGAUGAUUCAGCCUCGGACAAAUCGCCUCAAGAUGCGACGUCGGGAGAUGGAUCAGCCACAGGCCAUAAGUUGAGGCAAGAAUCCGAGUCGGUUAAGCACAAACCGGCACGGCAGUCCACAAACUCUGAAGGUGAAGGUGAAGGUGAAGGCGAAGGCGAAGGCAGUGAGGAGACCUUUAAAGAUGAGCUAUGA